GUGGUCUCACGUUUGAAAAAUGGCGAUUUCCUCGGACGAACACGUGGAAACUGUUACCAAUGGUGCCCAGGAAAAUAUUAAUUAUUUAAAUUCGUCAAGAAUAGAAAAAGUUAAUAAAUUAAUUUUGGAUUCGUUUUAUGAGCUAACAGAUGUCAAUAAAAAGACUAGAUUUAAAGCCGUUGAAAAUAUGUUGAAUACUCUACAAAGGUCAAAAGAAGAUAACACUUCUGAUAUUUCAUACUGCUUACAACGAUUAAUGAAAGGACUAGCUUCUUCAAGAAAAGCUGCUAGACAAGGAUUUGCUGUAAUGCUGACAGAAUUGCUAAGAAAGUUUCCAUCAGUAUCCUUAGAUGAAAUUCUGAGUCUAAUUUCAAAACAUCUUUCAAUCACUGGUGAUAAAAUGGAGAAACGUAAUAAUAUAAUUGGACAAAUAAUUGCAUUUGCUGUCAUUGUUCGUUCAGGAAAAUUUAAAGAAAAUUUGGAAAAAAUGAAUGAAGUUAUAACUUGUCUACAAAAUCUACAAAAGAAAAAUUAUAUGAAAUUAAUUGUGAACAAAUUGUUGGUUAAUAUUUUUAAUCAGGAAUUUGUGAAUUCUAAAUUUUUGAAAAAACAUUGGAAAACAAGUAUUGUUUUGGAUGAAGAAAAUUUUACACAUUUUGUGAGGAUUAUCAAAGAUUCCACCUUGGUACAUCCAACUAUUCAUCCAGUAUGUAAUGUUAUAAUUGAAAAUGCAUUAAAAUUAAGUAAUUUUACUGAAUUUUGGAAGCUAAUCGAUGAAACUUUAUUUGUUCCUGGUCAGCAUGUUAAAAUAUAUCUUGGUUUCCAGUUAAUUAAAAUAAUUCUUCCUCAGUUAAAAAAAGUAUCUUUAGUUAAAAUAGUGUUAUCACCGAACUUCUGUAAUAUGUUCAUCAGAUCAUCUGUAAAUCAACAUAGUUCUCUUAAUAUUGCUGCUUCUGAUAUGUGUGACUUUUUUGUUAAAUAUGUUUCUGAGUGUGACAAAGCUAAGCUUCAACUUGAAGUAUUGAUGAUAUUUAUAAAACAACCUGGUACAAUUGUAUUUGACAAGUUGACAAAAACGAAAACAGUUUCAAACAUUAUACAACAUUUAAAAAGUAAUGCUGUUAAAUCAUUUGCUGAAAUAUUAAAAUCAAUAUUUGUGAACAAUAACAAUGAGAAUGAAGAAGUGUAUAAUGAUCAUACUAGAGGAUUUGCUGUUAAUCAGAUAUCUUUAUUGGUAGGACAUCCAGCUUUAAUAUCAAAUAUUGAUUGGAAAAAAGAGUGUGUUCAGUUUCUUCUUCUUCAUUCAUUUUUUAAAAUCAAACAGCCAUGUGAUGAAGUACCUGAGUCUUCUCAGAUACCAACUGAAAUAUCUGACAAUAUAAGAGAAGUAUGUCUCAAAAGUUUCAUUCGUUCAUUAGAAUUUCUGUUCAGAUCAUCAUCUUCAAAAAAAACAAAUCUUCAGAAAAAAUGUGAAAUGAUGUCUUCCAUUCUUCAUUAUACUAAUACAAUAUUAAAUUUACCAGAUUAUUUCAUUCCUCUUAUAGACAUUAAUCAGAUUAAAGAAUAUUGGGAAGAUGUUAUUACAAUUACCAGCAAAUUGCAAAAACAACAGAAGAAGGAUGGCAAACUACAUGAAAGUUGUGCCUUUCAAACACUUUUUGUCUAUCUUGGUCUUCAAUUAUUUAUUGAUCCAUCUGAAACAAUAGAUAUAUUACAAGAGUUGAAAGAAUGCUGUAAUCAUGCCUUAAUGUACAGAAGAAAAGCAAACAAAUUAGAUUCAACUAAAGAUGAAUCAAAUAAUGAGCCAAGUUGGAUAGAAGUAAUAAUUGAAUUGAUGCUAUCACUUUUGUCUCAGUCUUCACAUUUGACAAGAAGUAUUGUGAUGGCUGUAUUUCCUCUUUUCUGUCCAUUCAUCACUGAAAAUGCACUAAAACAAAUUUUGAAUGUAAGUUUAUAUUAAAUUUAAGUCAGAAUAAUAAUAAUAA